AAAACUUAUUUGAUCCUACUUUGAAUGUUUGGAAUCUUUCUCUGCAAAACAGACUACUGCAUACAUUUGGGUUUAUAAUUAAAACCUCUGAGUAGUUAGAAACUCAUUAACUGAGAUUUUCCAUAGCAGAUCUGAGCCCAUUGAGAGUUUAUAAAUAUACACUAGUUGUUUGUGACAAGCUAGCUCUCUACUUUUCUUUCUCUUUACAGAUAAGUGAUGAAAGUUUCAUGUCAUAAUUCAAGCAUGUCAGCUCCCAACUAUUCCGCUGUCAAUUAUGAUAUGUUUGUCCUCACUGGCAUCCCUGGACUGAGGGAGCUACACACGUGGAUCUCCAUCCCCUUCUGUCUGAUGUACCUGGUGGCCGUGGCAGGAAAUGGUACCCUGAUCUGUGUGGUGGCAGUGGAGCGUAGUCUUCAUGAACCCAUGUACCUCUUCCUCUCAUUGCUGGCUUUUGGGGAUCUGAUUCUAUCCACAUCCACAGUACCCAAAGCUCUGAGCAUCUUCUGGUUUGAUGACGUGGACAUCUCCUUUGGUGGUUGUGUAACCCAGCUCUUCUUUAUGCAUUUUGCCUUUGUAGUAGAGUCAGGCAUUCUCUUGGCCAUGGCUUUUGACCGCUAUGUGGCUAUCUGCUACCCACUGAGGUAUACCACCAUUCUUAGCCAUAGUGUCAUUGGCAAAAUAGGGGGCGCUGUAGUGCUGAGAAGUUUUCUAACUGUUUUCCCCAUUGUCUUCCUCGUGAAACGCCUGCCUUUCUGCCGGACAAACAUCAUUGCCCAUACAUUCUGUGAACACAUGGGGCUGGCAAAGCUGGCUUGUGCUGAUAUCACCAUCAAUAUUUGGUAUGGAAUCUCUGUGCCACUGCUCAGUGUUAUGCUAGAUAUGGUGACAAUAGUCAUCUCCUACGGGCUCAUUCUGCGGGCAGUCUUCAAGCUGCCAUCCCAUGAUGCUCGGAUGAAAGCACUCAGCACCUGUGGUUCCCAUGUCUGUGUCAUCCUCAUGUUCUACCUUCCAGGAAUUUUCACUGUCAUUGCUCAGCGCUUUGGCCAAAAAAUUCCCAAACAUGUCCACAUCCUGCUGGCCAAUCUUUAUGUUCUUGUCCCCCCCAUGAUGAACCCAGUUAUUUAUGGAGUAAAGACCAAACAGAUUCGUGAACGAGUGGCGCUUGCGUUUUGUUCAAAAGGGAAGUGCCGCUGA